GUGAAUGAAAGUGAGAUGGCAGAACACUAGCUACUGCAUCCAACUUUUGAAAGCAGUAAAAGCCAGGUGAGUAAAGCCUUUCUCUGAAAACAGAAAACAAUAGCAAAUCGAAACCAACUUUUCAAGUUAUUCGAAGAAUUAUUGCCCACGAAAAGAUCUUCGCAUCUGAACAAGAAUCGCAAGUCAUUCGGCUACAGGUACACUCUCGCUGCGCCAUUUCUUGAAUUCGCUUUGUAUUGAAAGCAGCAUUCAGAACAAGCAAACUUAGUACAGUUUCUAAGUUAAUGAAUGAGUCUGCAGUUUUACGUUUUACCGAAGAUUCGUUAAGGACUAAAUUACUGCUCACAGUUCUAAGCCCAAGCUUUGAGAUCUUUAAGAAAAUUGAAUUAAGCUUAUCUGUUGCGGUGAACUAGUUGCGCCUCUUUGUAAGCUUACAUGUGUUGUACGAUUCAUGUCAGAUCUGUUAAAAAGCAAUACAAACAUACAUGAAUUGGCCGAAUUCCGUUAUAUAAUUGUUUUAAUUUAACAGUUCGAAACGUGUUUGAAUAAAUUAAAUAGAAACACGCCGAAGCUUAUUUCAAAAAUCGGGACUCCAGGGCUAUAAAAUGGCUUACUCGAUCUGCAAGAAGGUUUGAAGGAGAUCGCAAACUGUGAAUUAUAUAAACCUGUGUUGUAUGCUUGACGAAAUUUACAACAAUUAGUUUUUCUUAUUACUAUACAAUUUUUAAGAGCUAGAAACGUUAACCCUGCGUCAAUGAACUCAAACCAUUCCGGUGUGUAAGUUAAAUCUCAAAACGGCGGAAAAUUAUUCAACUUGCGCUUGCAAUAUGAAUCUUGUUUAGAGCAACAGUCUUUUUUGAAAACAUUAAAUUCAAAUGACGUUGGGCUAUUCUGGAAUUAUAAACAUUGUAUAGCUCUGAUGAGUCACAAAUGUAAGCUUAAUUAUGUGAACAAAAUUCAGUGUCAAGGGCGGUCGGCAAGUCAAAGCAUUCAGACAUUUUUUCUUUAGAAGUUUUCAGUUUGAUCCAAAGGUGAACUGGGAAAACAACAAAGCUGUGAACACGCUGCAAAUGUAUUUGUGUUUAGUGCUCAAAAAUUUUCCUUAACUCAUUGUCUUCAGGGGUCGCCGUGUUUCUGCGAUUGUUUUCGCUAUUAUCUUAAUAUUCGUUGAAGGGACUGUUUUUAUACUUUGUUGUGGUAAAAUUCAAAGUUUGAGGAAGUUGUUGAGAUCCGAAAAAAGUCUAAGACAACAAUGUUAAUAGUUGAAUAGAUUAAUUAGUCCUAGCCGAUAGCUGAAUAAGAAAUUACGCAAUCAAGUUCAUUUUUGGAAGAUACAUGUGUAAACCUGUACUUCUUUAGAAAAUUUUAAUAUUUCCAUACUGACCCGGAGUAGUGAUCCUCUGCAAGGAUACCUGCGGACGUCGAUUUCGUCGCGCCUUUUCCAUCAAAUUGCCGGGUUUUUCAUAAGAAAUCCAUCGCAUUUCAAGAAUUCUCUAAAAUACCUAUAUAAUUUGGUUUUUCUUUCUUCAUAUGAUAUUUCAUUUGUAAUUUCAUUCAUUUCUUGAUCAAGAUAAAAAAGCGAAACGUCUCCUUUUAAAAAUUCUCAUGUCAAGAAGUUUUAAUGCGCUUAAAGUGAAUUAAACUCUGAAAUAGGGACUUGGCAAACUAGUUGUUGUUAUAUUUCUGUUGCGCUACUUUUUUGUGUCUGACUUGAAAGCACGCAAAAAGAAAAAAAUUACAGGCACGCAAGGUGCGUACACGCAAAAUCGCGUGCAUGAAAGUUGUGAACUGAAGGUAAUUUUCCUAAAUUAAAAAAAAAAUCAAAUUUGUAAAAAAGAAGUACGCAGGAUAUUGGGCGGAUGAAAUAAAUUGUAGGAAAAGCUGUACCUCUUCAAGUAGCAAUGCAAUGACAUUGCAGUAAGGAUUUUUUCAUGCAAGUCUUGAAAAAUUUGAAGCUAUUCGUCACGUUAACAGCCUCGUGUUGUUUGUUAUCUUUAUACUCGCCACUUUAAACAUUCAGUUUCAGUUGACGAGGACUUAUUUGUUCCAAAAUGCCGACAAUAUAUGUCCACAUUCCUCUGCGUGUUGGUUAAAACGUUUUGUUUGUACUGAAUAUAAUUGAGGUCUAGUCCGGCAAAAAAAAAAUGUACAUUAGAAAGAGAGAAAAUGGUACUGUUCCCAACAUAGCCUGACCGUGAAUCUUAAGUCGAAAAUUACAUUUCUUAAGUCGAAGUCUUUCGUCUUUGGUCAAAAAAGCUGUCAAUUUUAAAAAGUUUGGCCUCAUUGUUUUGAAAUGGUGUUGCCAGAAGUCAGGUUUAGGGGCUUUUGUGAGGUUUUUCAAAUCGUUGAUGCGUUAAUUACUAAAGUUCGAGGAAUGCUGGACGGAAACUGAAAGACCACAGCGUGCAAAGAAAGCAGUGUCCGAUAGCCCGGGGCUAGUGGAUUUUGCUAUUGGGCUAGUGAAUUCUGUUAUUAGAGAGUUUUAGAUCCGAGUUUACCGCAAACCUCUAACCGCGGUUUGCGGUUACCCGUCUGCGGUUCGACGGUCAAACAAAAUUCGAUUUAGAUUGGCGGUGGAUUAAAUUAAGGCCGCCAUUUUGAAUCAGCAGCCAUGAAUGACACUUGUUUUCAAGAUCCAAUAGGAUUUAUAAAAUUUAGCAUUUCGCCCGAAUUUGUGCCUCUGUUAAUGGAUAAAGACUUGCUCCACAAGAUUUUUGUAUCAUUACGUGGGAUGAAACAAGAAUUAUACGCUAAAAGUGUUCAGGUAAAUGACAUACGUGAAAACCUAUCUCCCCACGUUGAAAACGCACGUCGUAAACCUCAAACGUGAAGCGAAAGACUUGUCACGUGACCUCCAGCGGUUAGAGGUUCGCGGUAAACUCGGUAAACUCGGAUCUAAAACUCUCUAUUAACUUGCCCGACGGGCAAGUGAAGUUUUCUGAGGAAUUCAAAUUACAGAAGAACUGUGGAAUCAAUCUGCCCAUCAAAACGUGUUUGGGGCUAGUUGAAAUGAUGUUUUCGCUAGUAAAUGUUAGUUUCAGCUUGCCCAAAUGGCAAGCUUUAAAAAUGACUUACUUUGCACCCUGGACCAAGACCCAUCGUUUUCCGCGUGUACUAUUUUUACUAAGGCCAUGUCCACACGUAUCCGGAAAUUUUUUUUCUGCAAAUAUUUUUUGGGGAUGCGAAAAUUUUCGCGUCCACACGCAGCGUAUUCGAAUCGUUUUCAGCCGUCCACACGUAUCCGAUUGUAUUCUGAUUUGCUCUAGUGCCCAGUUGUUUUACCGGAGAGAAUCUUGAAAUGAGCAUGCGCAUAAUUGCGAUUUAGGCGUCAUUUCUUUCGCGCCAUAGCUAAACAGUCGAAGCUUGUAGUUUAUCACUCGAAAAAAUGUCUAAAUCUACUGAAAAAGUCAAGAAAAAGUAUGCUGAUACAUAUAAAUGGACCAAUGAUGAAGUUGAACUACUGCUGACGGUCACGAAAGAAUACAAAACGAAGCAAAUCGCCAAAAGCAUCGACGGGGAAUCUUGUGUUGACAAGUAUGGCGAGAUUCUCGAAGCGUACAGUGCUCAUUAUCCCUCGCCAGAAGAUGCUGCUGCUAUUGGCAAAGAUCUUCCACACAAGAAGGAUGAGUUAAGGUCGCGUCCAGAAUCGCCUUCGGUGAUGGUUCGCUCUUUUUUUGACUUUAUGAUGCCCACUGUUCACUGAUAACAAUCUCAAAACAUCCUGUCGAUCUCUAAUGUAUUGGUUGUGUAAAUUUAUCACAGCUGCAUUUAUCUGAACGCAUGAUAUAAAACUAGAAAUCAGAGCAACUAACAAAGAAGCUACAAUCUUGCUGUACGCCAUUUUUGUUUAUAAUGCUCGCCGUGAAGACUGGAUCCAAGAGAAUGACGAAAGCGUAUUCGCAAAUUUCCGGAUGAGACCGUCCACACGUAUAGGUAUUCGUAUCGGAUAAAAAAAUUUCCACUCUGGAGAGCUUUUUCAAAAAUUUCCGGAUGCGGCAGGAAAAUACGCUGGAUACGUGUGGACGCAAGCCGUAUUCGUAAAAAAAAUUGCGUUUUCACAAAUUUCCGGAUACGUGUGGACGAUGCCUUAGAAAGUUCGCUUAAAAUUUCCAGUGGUAUAAUGUACCUAUCAAUGUAAAUCCCGUGGGGGGGGGGCGGGCAGGGGGGGAUUUGAUGCCUGAGACUAUCCCCGCUGUCGGGCUUUUGAUCGUGCGAAGCGACCCCGGGGUCGGGACAUUUGACGUUGACCGACAGAAGCCUAGUAUCAAUUCAGAAGCGGUUACCAAGUCCGUCCCUCCAGGCUUCUGAAAGUCAUGCUGUCGGAGAAAGGUACGAAGUUUUCAUUUGUUUUAAUCGCCAUAAUCCGAUACUUUGAACUGUCAUCUAAACAGAUAAUGUCCAUUUUGAGAAAGUUUUUAUCUUCAAGUUACCAUCUGAUUGUAAAACUCGAUUGAAAUCGAAUUCCACAAUGAAAAUCAGAGGAUUUUUUGACAUGUUGAGCAGAUGUUAUAAAGCAUUUUACGUAUCAUUAAUAUUAUAAUACUACGGUCAAUCUUCCUGGAGUGAUUUUGUUGUUCAAAAUAAGAGAUGCUAGUGGAGAGAGAAAAUACUUAAUUACAGCGAGUAAUUUAACGGAGCUUACGUUAACCUUAAAUAAAAGUAGUAAGAACGUUCUUUUGAAAUAUUCCUUUAAUUCUUUUUAUAUAGUGUUAUAGUAUCGUUUGUUUAGAUUUUUUCCCCUGGGGUGGGGGCUUUUUUGACAAUUUUGAUUGACCUUUCGUAUCCCACCCUGGGGAAUUUGAUCAAAAAAUUUGUCAAAUCCCACCCCUUGCCCGCACUCCCCCUCCACGGGGUGGAUAGGUGCAUAAAGGCUAGCUUUUCACGCGAUUAGGCCAUCCUCUUUUUUUUCUCUGUGUAGCGUCGUCCGACCGAACCAAAUUUUUGGCAUUUUCAAAAAAAAAAAAACACGUGGCGACGUAGUUAAGCCAUUUUUCACUAGAAAUAAUUCACUUAAUCUGAAAAAUGAGCAUAGUAAUAGCAUAGAGAAAAACAGUAACAAAAACAGGAACAUUUUUUACAGUAUAUUGCCCAUUUUGUUAAUCCAAAUAUGUGAGUGUUAACUUUUAACGUCAUCCUGAGAUAUCAGGGCCUCCUUUUCCAAUUUCUUGAGAUUUUUUUUGUUCUAGGUUUUUUUUCAAUCCGACCGACCGACCGACCCAAUAUCAGGAAACGCAUUCGAAGCUAAACGAAAGGAAAAAAAAGACGGAAUGGCCUUAUCAUCGUAUCCUUUUUCUCAAGCAUGGAAGAAAAGAAAACACAGAAAAGGCUACAAUUUGUUCAUUGCUUUCUAAUCUAUUUUUAUAUUUGCACUUAACGCAGAAAUUUCUACAAGACAGAAAGAUCCGUGAGUUAUUGCAAAGCAUCAUGGAAAAAUUCCCUCUUGGUCCCUUGUGGUAUGAUUUAUCCACAACCAUAGCUGAAGCUGCCAGUACAGCGAGUUUAAAUGCUGCUAAUUCGACGUCUCUAGUAAACAACUUACUAAAUGGGCGCAAUAUUUGGGACUCCCCGCUUCCGCUUCACAAAAGAUCGUCACUGUCAAAAGCUGAAGAUAAUUGCGUUAUGGUUUGGUCUAAGGAUGCCUUACAGUCAAUGCCUUGCAGUCAGCCUGUUACGCAUCGUGUACCAAAUAUUCUCCCUCCCUUUGAAAGUCUCACAAGUAAGAUGAGAGUUCCGCGUUACGUGUUUCACCCAAACGAAGCGCUGUGUGGAGUGCAGACGUUUGAAAUAUGCAGGGGACCAACGUUACCUUGGAAUAUGAAUAUUUUUCCAUUUACGCUGCCCAAGGCUACACCAUUGGUCUACAGCUUUCAAGACGCGCCUCAAAUAGGUGCAGGAUCAGCUGGUCACCAGGCUUCUUCCAUUCCGUUUGUUCCCGGGGUAACAGUUCCACAGUACCCGGAUGCACAAUACAUGUUUCGCGAGGCAAAUCUUUUCAUGGUACCUAAACAAGAGUCGUACAAAGCGACAAGCCCUUUCUUAGAAGAAACACCCCCCAAACGGAAUAAUCUUCCCAAGGCUACUACUAACCAAACGUCCAAUGACCAAACUGACGCCAAGAAAGAGACAGCCUGUAAGCUUGAACCAAAGAAUAAAGCUAUUAAAUCGUAUCAGUGUCGUUUCUGCUCUAAAACAUACACUCGCCAUUCAGCCCUCAUAAUCCACAUGAGGAUUCAUACUGGCGAAAGGCCAUACUCGUGCAGCGUUUGUGAGAGAACGUUUAGACAAGCAGGGGGCCUGGAGUCGCACAUGCGCUCUCAUACGGGAGAAAAACCAUACCAGUGUGAUAUUUGUGAUCGUCGCUUUUCACAUUCCAACGCAGCGAAAAACCAUAGACGAACGCAUACGGGGGAAAAGCCAUACCAAUGUAAAUACAAAGGAUGCGUUCAACGCUUUGCAGACCAGUCAACUCUCAAGAAGCACCUCAGAAUCCACACCGGCGAGAAGCCAUUUCAAUGUCCUCACUGUUGGAGAAAAUUUACCCAGCUCGGAAACAGGAACAAGCAUAUUCAUUGCAGACACAGCCAAGUAAAGCAAAAGUAGAUUUUAUUUUUAACAUCCCGCCCUGCCCUUUUCCUGAGGGUUAACCCUUUCUCACCCAGACCGCAUAACAGUUGAUCUAUAUGGUCAGUUAUAUUAUGAUUAGUUAGAGGCUCCAAAAACGUGGCGGGAGUAAACGCUAGCCAGCGGGCAAGCUCUCUAUUUCGAGCGGCCAGCAAAACGAUCGUGCGUGAAUGAGAGAUCACGCGGCAAUCCCGAGAUGAGAGAAGGAAAGGAGAAUCUCUCCAUUUCACUCUUACGCCUCUUUUCGUUUGGCG